AUGAGUCUCCUCAUGUGGCUCCUCACACGUGAAGUCCUCUGCCUCCGUGGUGCUCUUACACGUACACAGGAGUGGUCUGUCAUUCCAGACCUCUUCUUCUACCGCGAUGCCGCUGAUGAAGCCAAGAUCACUGAGGCUCUCGAGGCUGAAGACGAAGAGACAGUCUCUGAAGAAGGCGCUAUCAUCAACGCCGCUGUUCCAAAGUCUGAAAUCAAGGCUGGUGCCACAAACGAAGAGUGGGAGAACAAGCAAGAGUGGGAUGCCUAA